AUGGGGAUUUUUAUUCAGAACCUUGAGAAUCUCAAGAAUUACAAGUAUCAAGGGGAGGACCGAUCAAUUGUCACCAAGUACUUUCUCAAACCGUACUGGUGGAGCAAUUUUGUUAAAGUAUUCCCCCACUGGUUUGCUCCAAAUCUUGUUACUUUGUCAGGGUUUGGAUUUAUUGUGGCCAAUAUCUUGACCUGUUUGUACUAUGAUCCAUAUUUAGACAACCCAGAUGUCCCAAGUUGGACAAUUGUUUCGUAUGCCAUUGGGCUUUUCAUGUACCAAACUUUUGAUGCUUGCGAUGGGAUGCAAGCAAGAAAAACUGGUCAAUCUGGGCCUUUGGGUGAGUUAUUUGACCAUUGUGUCGAUGCUUUGAACACCAGUUUGUCGGUGAUCAUCUUUGCCUCGGUGACCAAGAUGGGGUACGGUUGGAUGUUCAUUAUUUCUCAAUUCGCGGUUUUGGCUAAUUUCUACUUGAGUACCUGGGAAGAAUAUCAUACCCAUAUCUUGUUUUUGUCAGAAUUUUCUGGGCCAGUUGAAGGGAUCUUAAUGAUUGUUAUCCUUUAUCUUGCCACCGCUUAUUAUGGAUCCCUGAUUUGGACUGUUGAAUGGUUCAGAGUGAACUUGGUUUCAUUCCUUCCAUCUGGCUUGAUUAAUAUUCUUUCAUACCUUGGGUUUGUCCAAUUGACUAUUGAUCAGGAAGGGUUGCUUUCUGCUUUUGCCUCGGUCGAUGCCAGUUCAAUUUAUAUAAUUUUGGGAAGUGGUUCAUUGUAUUUUAACAUCAUUUCUGCAUACAACAACGUGAAGAGAAUCUAUGCCAAAAAUAAAUCUAUUGAUUAUUUGAAAGAAUCCCAUAAAGCAAUUAAAGGUCUCGUUCCAUUUGCCAUGUAUUAUGCGUCGGUGGUAGCUUUCCUUAUUGUUUCUACUCCUCAUAUUUUCACCAAUACUAGUUCAUUUUUGCCAUUUGUGCUUCAAAUCGGUACCUCGAUGGCUUUUACUGUGGGAAGAAUCAUCAUUUCCCAUUUGACUUUGUCAGAGUUCCCUCACAGAUUGCCUACUUUGUACCUCCCAACUUUGCAAGUUGCCGCCUAUGGACUAGUGAAAUUCUUGAACUGGAGCAGUGGUGUGGGAAUUGCGUUGGAUGUUGCGGUGAAUAACAUUGCUUGGGCAGGGUUUGGUAUUAGUAUGGGUAUCUACGGAUGCUUUAUUGCCGAGAUCAUUACAGAAAUCAGUUCAUUCUUGGAUAUUUGGGUAUUAAGAAUCAAGCACCCAAAGAAGCUUGAUUGA